UUUUAUCUCUUAUUCUCUUCUUUGUUAUCUUCUCUUAUCUGGGUUUAUUAUUUAUUUAUUUAUUUUCUGCUUUGAAUUUACUGUGAGCACAUUAAUGUGUGUGAUUUUGGUUAUGGAACAACUGCCCAGAUUGAGUGAGAUAAUUGAAUUUUUGUUGAAUUUUAUGAAAGCCUUGGUGGGCUGUUAUAGUUCCCAUUGCUAUUGAUUUUCAAUUAAUUUAUGGGUGUUAUUUCUAUUUUUUGUUUCCCAUAAUCUUCAAGUUUCUCUAGUUAUGGUGUUCUUGUCUUUGUUUAGAUUGAAGUAUUGAACUCAAGGAGCCCUAGGUAGCUGCUUAGUGCUCUCUCUCGUUUCCCAAGCCGUUCUCUUUAGAGUUUCACUAUCUUAACUGACCAAUCGAAGGAAGGAAGUUCGAGAGACAUUCGAUAAUUUACCCAAUUUGAAUAUAAAUAAGCUCAGGUAAAGGAUCAUGGUGGGAUUUAAAAACAGGUACUUGGUAAUGGAAGUUUUCUUGGAUCCAAAUCGGGACCUUGUGGGGGAUGACCCCAUCAUAAUCACACAAUUUAAUGUAGCAAAAGCAAUAAAAGAUAGCAUUCUGGUAAACUAUGGGGAGUGUGGUUUGGCUUCAUCACUUGGAUCAUUACAAGUAAAGUAUGUGAAUCCCAUCACAAAGCUGUGUAUUAUCAGAACCUCACGGGAGGAGUACCAGAAGGUUUGGUCUGCAAUUACCAUGGUUAGGAGUAUUGGAAAUUGCCCAGUGUUAUUCAACUUAUUGGACUUAAGUGGGAGUAUCAAGGCCUGCAAAAGUGCUGCCUUAAAGUGUGAUGAACUCAAAUUUGAACAGUACAAGCUUGUGGUUGGAGACCGUCUUUCAGAGGAUGUUACUAAGCACAUGCAAAAUUGUCUUGAAAAGAUCAAGAUUUUGGAGCACUGAGAAUUUUAUGUGUAGCCUACUGUUCUUUCACUUCAUUUUAUAAAAUUUAACCUUUUGAUUUUGAUUCA